GGUGGCGGGGGCUGCUCGGCCGUUGGAGGCGGAGGAGAGGCAAACGGCUGUUUUCUGAGGCGCCCCUCCCCCUCCCCCCGCUUUGCUCCCCUCAGCGGCCGCUCGGACAGGCGACGACGUGACGGGAGGCGUUGCCGACCGAUGAGAUGUGCAGCAUUGUGUGAUCAUCUGAUAAUUCCUAGAAGAGGAAGAAUUUGCUGCAUGUGGAGGAAAUUUCCUGUUGUUUAAAAAAUACAAGUGCUUAAACCAUCUUCAGCAAUAUGGGGUCAGAAAAUCCAAGCCCGCAAAAUCCCAGCUGCAAAAUUAUGACGUUCCAUCCAACACUGGAAGAAUUCCAGGAUUUUGGGAAGUACAUUGCUUACAUUGAAUCGCAAGGAGCUCACCGGGCAGGGCUUGCUAAGGUGAUCCCUCCUAAGGAAUGGAAGCCCCGGAAGACUUACGAUGAUAUCGACAGCAUGGUGAUCCCUGCUCCCAUUCAGCAAGUGGUGACUGGCCAGUCUGGGCUUUUCACCCAGUACAAUAUUCAGAAGAAACCCAUGCUGGUUGGAGACUAUCGGCAUUUGGCUAACAGUGAGAAGUACUGCACUCCUCGCCAUCAGGAUUUUGAUGAUCUGGAACGCAAAUACUGGAAGAAUUUGACUUUUGUCUCCCCUAUAUAUGGGGCGGAUAUCAGUGGUUCACUGUAUGAUUCGGAUGUGGAAGAAUGGAAUAUUGGGAAUCUGAACACGCUCCUUGACAUGGUGGAGCAUCAGUGUGGGAUUAUCAUAGAAGGCGUGAACACCCCCUACCUCUACUUUGGGAUGUGGAAGACCACGUUUGCGUGGCAUACGGAGGACAUGGAUCUCUACAGCAUCAACUACCUGCAUUUUGGAGAGCCCAAAUCAUGGUAUGCUAUACCUCCAGAACAUGGCAAGAGGCUGGAAAGACUGGCCAAAGGGUUUUUUCCUGGGAGCUCUCAGGGAUGCGAUGCCUUCCUGCGACACAAGAUGACCCUCAUUUCACCUUCCAUCUUGAAAAAAUACAGCAUCCCUUUUGACCGGAUCACCCAGGAAGCUGGUGAAUUCAUGAUUACUUUUCCUUAUGGCUACCACGCCGGGUUCAACCACGGAUUCAACUGUGCAGAAUCCACCAAUUUUGCCACCCUGCGAUGGAUCGAUUACGGCAAGAUGGCCACCCAGUGCACCUGUCGGAAAGACACCGUGAAGAUCUCUAUGGAUGUUUUUGUGCGGGUGCUACAGCCUGAGCGGUAUGACUUAUGGAAACAAGGAAAAGACAACACGGUUUUGGAUCACAUGAAGCCUACCCCUUUGACGUCGCCUGAGCUGGACGCCUGGAAUGAGACAAAAAAUGCCUUGAAGGCAAAGAUGCUACGCAGGGCAAACAGGAAACGAAGCCAACCCCGAAGGCACAAGACCCAGGACCAGAAGUCGCUCGUGGACGCCAUGGCCAUGGACACCAGCUUGGAUGAGGUGUCAGAGAAGGAGGACCAGAGGAGGGUCCCCAGCUUGGAUGAAGAAGAGAAACCUAAAGUGUCAGAAAGCAAAGAAGGAGAAUGCCGGCCGAAGGUGCGCAACUCCAAAGCCAAAGGGGAAAGGAAGAAGAAACAGCAGCUGCCGUUGCACGAGCUCCUUCCUCCCCUGCUGCUGCCCCAGCCCUACCUGCCAAAGGAUGAGAAGCUGCAGCCCAGCCCUCUGGCGGGAGAAAGGUCCAUGGAGGCCAAGAACCUGGCCGAGGACAGCCAGCUCCCCAUGCCCGACCUCAGCGCCCUCUUUUCCGAAAGUGGCGCCGAAGAGGACGACGCCAAACAACGGCCCAUCAUCCCCAUGCUCUACGUGGUGCCCCAGUGCAAGAAGGCCCCCGCGGAGAAGAAGCGCCUGACCUGCCAGGAGGUCUUUGAGCGGUUUGUGAAGAAGGACCAGAUGGUCCCCUUGGAGCUGGACAGGAAAGACGACGACAGCGUCAAGGCAGAGAGCGUGGAGGGGCCGGCCGAGCCCAGUAAAUUGCAGGCUGUCCUACGCUUGGACGAUAUCACCCUGUGGAGGAUCCCUAAAAGGGAGAGGCGAGAGUUAUUCAAGCGCGUUUGCGGCAAGCCGGCGAGGUACGCGGCGGCCCUGUUCCGACGGAUGGUCCCCCCAGAUGAGCUGCGGAGGUGGCGAAGCGCCGUUAGCUAUUACGGGGGCAGAGGGAAGCGCGCCCUGCCCCACAACCUGGUGUUCCGCUUGCGGCACCUCUUGUACAGGCAGUACUCGGACAUUAUGGCGGCCGACUGGAGAAAAAUCCGGUUGAAAAUCAACAAGAUCCUGGGGGCUUGAUGGGGGAAUCCCGGCCUUUGCUGCUGCACAGCUCUCCCGUAGGGAUGUUGUUGUUUCUGGCAGGCUGGGCCAGAAACCUUCCCAAAAGACGAGACUGUGGCGACCUGUUGAAGUGUUCUGGGCCAAAGCUGGACUCUUUUUGUGUGUCUGUGGUUGUGCUGGUGGCCAGUGAUGGGCACAGCAGGGGCCACCUGUUCCCUUGUCUGGCUGUGAAAAGUUGGGCCUUGCCAACCCAGCAAUAAAUGUUGUUGUUUUUUUA